AUGGCGGACUCUGAAAAUCCAUCACAACCAGCUGAAGACUUAACUGUAUUUGUCCAAAAUUUGCUGCAGCAGAUGCAAGGAAGGUUUCAACAAAUGUCAGAUGCAAUUUUAAACAGAAUUGACGAUAUGGGAGGAAGAAUUGAUGAACUUGAAAAAUCAAUUGGCCAACUUAUGGAAGAAGCAGGAGUUGAAGAAGGGAAAUCACCAAAUCAUUAG